AAAUUCUGUUCUGAUCCAUGGCCGACAAAAUAGGGGAAAUUGAUUAGGAAACCUUCGAGAGGUGAAUCGCGAUCAUCUUUUAUAUAGAACCAAGAUUCAUUCCAAUUCUUAAUUCCUCCAAAAAGAAAAAAAGAACGAAAAGAAGAAACUCAGUAACAGUUUGAUGGCAGCAGCCGCCGCCGAAGCAAGGGCAGUUUGGCAACGGACGGCGAAUCGAUAUUUCGUCCAGGAAGAUGCAAAAAGAGCCCCUAAAUUAGCAUGUCGUCCUUCAACUUCAUCUUCAUCGUCUAAACAAGCUGAAAUUAAACCAGCUAAUAACACAACUACAGAUCGCAAUGAAAGAUUCCUUCUUCCCAACGAAAAAUCUCUGUAUUCCGACCUCUCACCGGAUUCCAGAUGGUGGCUUCAAUUGCAGACUGAUUAUAUAUACCAAAGGGGUUUGACCAAUUCUCAUCAAUUCGUCGAAAAUCAAGAUGGUAGUAGUAGUAGUAGUAGUAUCAAUUCUCUCUCGAACGAAUCUUUCGAGUUAGUGGACAUUAAUAAGGACUCAAAGUUGCAGCACUGGGUUGGGAUUGAGAAGAACGGCGAGGUAUCGCUUCCAUGGUGGCAGAUCGUCGGAAAAGAUGAUUCGGGUUCAGUUGUUUCAAAAAGAUCACAUUCACAUGAUUGUGUCGAGAAUCGUCAUCUUCCGGGAUUAAUGCCAGAAAAGAUGAUAAAAGAAAAACCAAAUCCUGUGAGUGAUUCAAACAGGGGAAUUAUAUUGGAAGCUCUGAGACAUUCUCAAACGCGAGCAAGAGAAGCAGAAAACGCAGCGAAGGAAGCGUACGCGGAGAAAGAGGAUUUGGUGAAGGUCGUUUUGAGACAGGCAUCGGAGUUGCUUGCUUGCAGACAAUGGAUUCGUCUUCUGCAACUUGAAAAUCUUUAUUACCAAAUCAAGAACAAGAAGAUGAAUGAUCCGAAGUUAUCUGUUUGUCCAUCCAAAAAUGGGAAAUUACAGAAGAAGAAGAUGAAGAAGGGGAAGAGACGAAGCAGACGAUAUGAAGAUGAUUUAGGGAAAUAUGCGGUUGUUUUUGCGAUGGGAUUAGGGCUCGUUGGUGCAGGUUUGCUACUUGGGUGGACAGUGGGAUGGAUGUUGAUCUAGAGAGAUUCUAGGGUUUGAUUUUUGAAGCUUCUAUUAAUUAAUUAAGUGUACAAAGUUCGAUUCUUGGAUAUAGCCAUUCCUUGUAUAUACUUUUAUCCUUCUAGUUCAGUUCUUGGUUAUGGUUUUUUUAGUAACCGGUCUGUUACAAAUUAAAACCCUAAAGUUUGUUUUUAUUAUCUUUUAAUAUAAGUAAAUGAUUGAUCA